UUUUUUGUGUUUUUUCCGUUUAUUUUCCUAAAUAUUUUAUGUUUAAAAUUGUCGUUGUGUUGCAGUGCUGUGUAUUUCAAUAAUUUUGAAAUUUUGUUUGUUUCUUUUUCCCAGUUUUUGUUUCUUCAUUUUUUCCAGAAUCCUCGUUUGAGUCUUCUACAUUUCCAUCCUUUCUAUCAUUUAAUGAAAAAAGCUUUCAAAUUGAUAACAGUUCUUCUGUUUCUUCGCCCUUAUCUGAGCCGUCUGCUUCAAAACAUUCUUCAUCUUCAUUUUAAAUUUUCUCUCUUUUUCAAUCUCUCUCUUGUUGAUUUUAAUUUUUUUGUUUUUGAUUUGAUUUGUUUUUCCUCUUCAUUGUUGUUGUUAUUGUUGUUUUUGUCUUCCUCUUCUUCUUCCUUAUUUGUUAAUUAUUUUAUCAUAUUUUUUGAUCCGAAAAAACAUAUGUGUGGGGGGUGGGUUAUAGUAUAUACGAUUUCUACAUUUUAA